CCCGUCCAGCGAAUAACUAGCCUGCCCGGCUCGGAGCCACGAGUGGCUUCACCAUAAUACACUCGCAGACCGCGACAACUCUCGUACACGCACACAAUAUAAUGCUUCGGCGUGCGUGGAAGCCAAUCAUCGGUACGACGGCGCUAGUUGGCGGACCCACCUACCUCUACUAUCGGUACUACUCCCAGCCCAGGUCUGAGACCUUCGACCUCAACGUCCGCGUGCGCGGCGCCGACGGAAAGCCCGCACUCCAGAAACAGACAUAUCCGAUGGUACCUAGCGAUCAAGUCAACAAGCGGCUCACGGAGCACGCGACGUCGAAGACGACCGUCAGACCAGGCAUCGUGUGGAAGCAAGCCACUGCUCAGCUCUCCUCAAACAACCCCAUCGAGGAUACGUACUCUAGUGUCUUUGUACAACGAGACCCAACGGACCCUGCGGCUCCCGGGGAUCUAUUGCUCUUUGCGGUCAUGGACGGCCACCGCAGCUAUCAUACCUCGCAACUCCUCUCUAAGAUCCUCCUGCCCGCAGUAGGCCUGCAACUCCAAGAAUUGACUAAGGCACCGGGCUCACCCAAGAAGUCAAGCACACUGGAAAGCCUCAAAACCAUGAUAUAUCCUACAUCUCCGGGACUCUCAGCACCAGCAGACUCGGACCCGCAGAAGGUGGCGCACGCCAUCCAGUCGACCUUCGUGAACCUCGACUGGGAGAUCACUAACGCGCCUCUGCGCGUACUGACAGAGAACAUCGACAAGCUGGCAAUAGCGAGCCAGCAGAUACCUGAUUUAAGCCAGCACCCGAUGGCCCUAGCCACGAUGCAGCCCGCACUAUCCGGGAGCUGUGCAAUCAUGGCGCUGUUCGACACGGCACAUCAGAACCUCUAUGUAGCCUGCACAGGCGACAGCCGUGCCGUCGCCGGCGUGUACGAGGAGACUGACGACGGCAAGGGCUCGUGGCGCGUCGAGGUCCUGAGCGAGGACCAGACGGGGAGGAAUCCCAGCGAGCUGAAACGGAUGCAGUCGGAACACCCCGCAGACGAAGCCAACACGGUGAUCAUGCGCGGACGCGUCCUCGGCGGCCUCGAGCCAACACGAGCGUUCGGAGACGCACGCUACAAAUGGUCGCGCGACAUUCAGCAAGCCCUACACAAGGCCUUCAUGGAGGGCAACAGCCAAGCACUGCGCGCCGUCCCCUCCGCGCUCAAGACACCUCCCUACGUAACUGCCCGGCCCGAGGUCACGCACCACAAGCUCGCGCUCCCGCCCUACGCCAACCCCGCGUCCAAGCCCAAGUCCACGCUCCGCUUCCUCGUCCUCGCGACGGACGGGCUCUGGGACGAGCUCUCCUCCGAGGAGGUCGUCGGGCUCGUCGGGGGGCACCUAGCCGGUCUCCGGGGCAGCGUGCCCAAGGCCCAGCUGCCCGCGAUGGUGCGCACGACCGCCGGCGCACCAACAGUGAACGGCAAGUCGUUCGAGCCCGGGCGCUCGACGGAGGGCGCGUGGGCGUUCGUCGACGACAACGUCUGCACGCACCUGAUCAGGAACGCGCUCGGCGGCGCGGACGAGAACAGGCUCAGGAGGCUCCUCAGUAUCCCUGCGCCGCUGUCGCGCAGUUACCGCGACGAUAUCACGGUCACGGUGGUGUGGUGGGAGGAUGGUCCCGGGGCCACCCCAGAACAGAUCCGAGCGAAACUCUGAUGAUUGCUCUGAGCGUCUUGUACAGUAUGUACAGCGUGUAUAUACAUGAACGAUGUAAUAACAGGAGCAAUGAGGACGGGAUGCGG